UGAUCCCAUUGGUCACAUUCGGUGCCCUUUGCUCCUUGUUGGCGGGGUUGUUAAAAAGCCGGGAGUUGAAAAAUACCAGUCCCGAUAUAUUGUUUAUGUUAUCUUCUGCGAGGAAGGAGUAUGAAGAUGAUCUCUGGUCGAAUGUAGCAUACUGUGGUGCAGAAAGGAAAGUACACCUGGAAGCAAGUUCAGCGGUUGGGAUCGAUUCUGUGCUACUAGCUAGCUGUACCUGAAGUUGAUCAUCAUGGAAAAUGGUAGAUCUCAAUUUCCAUUUCCCUACCAGCCUUACACCAUCCAGGAGGACUUCAUGUGCGCCUUGUACAGUGCACUUGACCAGGGCAAAGUUGGCAUCUUUGAGAGUCCAACUGGAACGGGCAAAUCUCUGAGUCUGAUAUGUGGAGCGCUGAGCUGGCUUACAGACUGUGAGGCCAAACGGAGGCAGGAGGCCGCUGCUCUGCUGCAAGACGGAGAGACGGCACUUACCUCACCUAUUAAAGAAGCCUCCUCCCAGAGCUCUUCUGCAGAACCCGACUGGGUCAGCAGCUUUGUUAAAAAAAAAGCCGAACGGGAUUUGGUGUCAAAGUUGAAGGAGGACGAAUUGAAAAGGAAGAAGAGAGAGGAGCGCUUAGAAGCGAUUAGAAGCAAUGUUCAACUGAAGUAUGCCAUGAAAAGGAAGAGUUACGAGGAAGACGAAGCAUUCAAGUUGCUGCAGCUGAGUAAAGAGGAGCAAUCCGAUGCACCGGCAAACCAAGAAGACGAGGAUCUUAUCGUCGUGGAGUAUGAAAGCGACGAUGACUCCAAGUUAAAGAGCAGGUUGCGUGGAACGGAAGAAGAGGAUGAGGAUGAUCUGGUGGAAGAGCACGUCUCAAAGAUUUACUACUGCAGUCGCACGCACUCGCAGCUCGCUCAGUUUGUCCACGAGGUCCAGAAGAGUCCUUUCAGCAAGGACAUCAGUGUGGUCACGCUGGGCUCACGACAGAAUCUUUGCGUCAACGAGGAGGUGCGGCGACUGGGCAGCCUUCAGCGGAUUAAUGACCGCUGCAUGGAGAUGCAGAAAAACAAACAUGAGAAGCAGCAUGACGAUGAAGGAGCAAAGAGGAAGCGAGGCCCGGCCAAGAGCGUGUGUCCCUACAACAAGGCCUCGGCGCUGCAGCAGAUGAGGGAUGACGUCCUGGGCAGCGUCCACGAUAUCGAGCAGCUCCUGAAGCUUGGCAGGGAAAGUCAUUCGUGUCCUUACUACGCCUCACGGCUGGCUGUUCCCCCAGCACAGUUGGUGGUCUUGCCGUAUCAGAUGGUGCUGCAUGAGGCCACUAGGCGCGCAGCAGGAAUUCAGCUGAAGGGACAGGUGUUGAUCAUCGACGAAGCUCACAACCUGAGCGACACACUCUCCUGCAUACACAGUGCAGAGCUCAGUGGCGCGCAGCUUUGCCGCGCCCACUCGCAGCUCAGCCAGUAUGCUGACCGCUUCAAGAGUCGCCUGAAGGCCAAGAAUGUGAUGUACAUUAAGCAGGUCCUGUUCGUCAUUGAGGGGCUCGUGCGAGUGCUGGGAGGCAAGGUGGCUCAGAAUCCACAGAGCCAAACCACACAAGCAGCUACAGAGAUGCUGACCAUUAACAACUUCCUCUUCAAAGCUCAGAUUGACAACAUCAAUUUGUUUAAGUUGCACAGAUACUUUGAGAAGAGCAUGAUCAGCAGAAAACUGGGUGGUUUUGUGGAGAAGUAUGCAGGUUCGGGCGUGAGUCUGCACACUCCAAUUAGCUCCAACAAAGAGAACCGACGCACCGAGGGCUUAAACCGCUACCUGCAGUCACUGCAGAACAACCGGAGCAAGGCACCAGUUCCUUCCAACGACCAACCGGAGUCAGUGGAGGCUGACACUGUGCUGGCUGCGUCCCCCAUGAUGCAAGUGGAGGGCUUCUUUAUGGCCCUUACCAACAGCAACGCUGAUGGCAGGGUGGUGAUACACAAGCAAGGUACGUUGUCGGAGAGCACCGUCAAAUUCCUCCUCUUGAACCCGGCCGUCCACUUUGCCCAGGUGUUGAAAGAGUGCAGGGCCGUCAUCAUCGCAGGCGGAACCAUGCAGCCGGUGUCAGACUUCAAAGAAGAGCUGCUCUUUUCUGCUGGAGUGGAAGCAGAGCGCAUCGCUGAGUUUGCCUGUGGUCACGUCAUUCCACCUGAGAACCUGCUUCCCAUCGUCCUGUGCAGCGGUCCUUCUGGCCAGGAGCUGGAUUUCACCUUCCAGAACAGAGACUCCCCUCGCAUGAUGGACGAGACUGGCCGUAUCCUCUCCAACAUCUGUAACGUGGUACCAGGUGGCGUCGUCUGCUUCUUUCCCUCAUACGACUACUCCAGGCGCGUCGUGUCCCACUGGGAGUCCAGCGGCGUUUUGAGCCGACUGGCCAAUAAGAAGAAGAUCUUCCAUGAGCCAAAGAAGGCCAACCAGGUGGAGCAGGUCCUGGGCGAGUUCUCCCGUUGUAUCCAGAGGUGUAGUCUGCAAGGCGGGUGCCUGACGGGAGCGCUGCUCUUCUCCGUGGUCGGAGGAAAGAUGAGCGAGGGCAUUAAUUUCUCUGACGACCUGGGCAGGUGUGUGGUCAUGGUGGGAAUGCCCUACCCCAACAUCAAAUCUCCGGAACUGCAGGAAAAAAUGUCUUACCUGGACAAACACCUGCCCCACAGCGGAGGGAGGAGCCCUGGCCAAGCCUUGAUAGAAAACCUCUGCAUGAAGGCUGUCAAUCAAUCAAUCGGUCGAGCCAUCCGUCACCGCGGCGACUACUCCUCCAUAGUGCUGUGCGACAGGCGAUACUCUCGCCCCGCCACGCUCGCCAAACUUCCGGCGUGGAUCAGAACCCGGACCAGCACGCACCAAAGCUUCGGGCCUGCCUUCGCCGCCUUACGCAAGUUCUUUGUGGAGAAGAAGCAGCUGCAACUGUGACCGGACUGGAUAUUCUCAAACCCACUGGUGGAUUUAUCAGCAAUGAGAAUAUGUUCUGUUUAUCCUAUUGUUCAAUGAUGUUGAAGACAUUGGUCUGGUUAAAGGUGAGGACACGGUCUAUCAGCCCAAACUUGAGACGUCCCAGUACUUUUGUCCGUACAGUGUCUCGGACAAGUUACAUUUUUGAACGCCGCAUGUUGGAAUGAAUGAUUGCAGAGACAAAGUGUUACGUAAUGCAACUAUCGGUUCAUUGAGGAGAAAAAUAAUUCACAAGCGUGACCAAUGGAAUAGAAUAGAAAGUACUUUAUUGAUCCCUGGGGGAAAUUCAGCACGCAACUAUUAAAGGCCUACUGAAACCCACCACGCAGUCUGAUAGUUUAUAUAUCAAUGAUGAAACAUUAACAUUGCAACACAUGCCAAUACGGCCUUUUUAGUUUACUAAAUUAAAAUUUUAAAUUUCCCGGGAGUUUCAUCCUGGAAACGUCGUGUAAUGAUGACGUGUACGCAAGACGUCACGGGUUUUUAGGAAGUAUGAGCGCUGCACACACACACAGCUAAAAGUCGUCUGCUUUAACGGCAUAAUUACACAGUAUUUUGGAGAUCUGUGUUGCUGAAUCUUUUGCAAUUUGUUCAAUUAAUAUUGGAAAAGUCACAGUAGAAAGAUGGAGUUGGGAAGCUUUAGCCUUUAGCCACACAAACACACGGUGAUUCCUUGUUUAAAAAUCCUGGAGGUGAAACUUUACUAUGGAUCAGAGCGCGGUCAAGCGAACAUGGAUCAAGACGGAAUGUCAACCCGCAGGUUUCGGUGAGAAAAUUGUGGUUAAAAAGUCGCUUCUUACCGGAGAAAAGCUGAGCUUGUGUCGUCCAUGCAGCUGCUGUCGACUCCCCUGAGACAAUGCGCGUCAAGACACCCGUGGAGACACCCUUCCGACUAUCAGGUACUAUUUAACUCACUAAAACACUAGCAACACAAUAGAAAGAUAAGGGAUUUCCCAGAAUUAUCCUAUUAAAUGUGUCUAAAAACAUCAGAAUCCGUCCCAAUCGCAUUUUUUUUUUCAAGUCCGUCGCUAUCAAUAUCCUCAAACACGAAUCUAUCAUCCUCGCUCAAAUUAAUGGGGAAAUUGUCGUUGUCUCAGUCCGAAUAGCACUUUUUGUUGGAGGCUCCCAUUAUAAACAAUGUGAAUAUGUGAGGAGCCAUCAACAUGCGAUGCUAUCGUCUGCGACUUCCGGUAGAGGCAGGGCUUUUGACUUAGCACCGAAAGUUGCGAACUUUACCGUGAAUGUUCUCUACUAAAUCCUUUCAGCAAAAAUAUCGACAAUAUCGCGAAAUGAUCAAGUAUGACACAUAGAAUGAACCUGCUAUCCCCGUUUAAAUAAGAAAAUCUAAUUUCACUAGGCCUUUAACCUCGUUCUGCCAUUUUCCACCAUUUUCCAAUCAAGUGCUGCCUUAUACUUCCUACAUUCACCAGUACGGCGUUAUGAAAAACUUCUCAUUUUUAUUGUCAGUGCAUGAAAUGGUCGGCCAACCGCAGCCUCACACCUCCCAGUCGUCGUCGUCUGUGGUGGCGUGAGGGUUGGGGAGUGGUGGGAUGACGUCGGACAUUCUGGCAAA